AUGACCGGUUGGGAUAAACAGGAGAAGCUGCCUUCUCACAGUGUACUCAAAAAAGCCGGUGAAUUGGGUUUCGGUGCGAUCUAUUGCAAAAAAAAUUACGGUGGCAGCGACCUGUCCAGGAUUCAUGCGUCGAUUAUCUACGAACAGCUUGCAGCCGGAUGCGCCAGCAGUGCUGCCUAUAUGAGCAUCCAUAACAUGUGCGCCUGGCUCAUCGAUAAAUUUGGAAACCACGAACUCAAGGAGCGCUAUAUCCCAAGUUUGGCCACUUUCGACACAAUCGCGGCAUUCUUCCUGACCGAGCCCAUAUCAGGCGACGAUCCUACGGCGAUACAGCUAACAGCGAAACUUGAUGGUGACCAUUACAUUUUGAAUGGAACCAAACUCUUUGUGCUGGGGUAUGAUGAGGCGCAGCUGUACAUCAUAACUGCCCGACAUGAAAACAGAACAGGCGCCGAUGGCAUUUUUUGCAUUGCU